AUGUCAGUCCAGGUUGUGGCGGCGAAAAUGGCAGAGGUCGAACUCAAAGACGUCCCCAGCGGCAAAGACCUCUCGGCUGGACCCUCUCUGUCCGCUGGUAAAGGCCUAGGUAAGAGCGAGGCCACUUCCACGUCCACCGCGGCGUCUCCAACUGCCGAGUCCACUGGCAACCCCGGGAAGAUGCCCCAAGCCUCCGCUCUGAAACGCACGGACCCGCAGCAGAACGGCGGAGAGGCGUUUGUCAAUCGGGACGGGACCGUGGCAGAAGCUCCGCGAAUGAAGAAGAUCCAGUUUGCAGAUCAGAAACAGGAGUUUAACAAGAGACCCUCCAAAAUUGGUCGACGUUCACUGUCUCGCUCCAUCUCUCAGUCCUCCACAGAUAGUUACAGCUCAGCGGCCUCAUACACAGACAGCUCUGAUGAUGAGACCUCUCCGCGGGACAAACAGCAGAAGAACUCAAAGGGAAAUGGAGACUUCUGCAUCAAAAACAUCAAACAAGCUGAGUUUGGACGUCGAGAAAUCGAAAUUGCAGAGCAAGAGAUGCCGGCACUGAUGGCUCUAAGGAAGAGGGCUCAGGGGGAGAAGCCCUUGGCAGGGGCCAAAGUGGUGGGCUGCACCCACAUCACUGCACAGACUGCUGUCCUGAUGGAGACGCUGUCUGCUCUUGGCGCACAGUGCCGAUGGGCUGCAUGUAACAUCUACUCCACUCAGAACGAGGUGGCAGCUGCUCUGGCCGAAGGAGGAUUCAGUGUGUUUGCGUGGAAGGGUGAGUCAGAAGACGACUUUUGGUGGUGCAUUGAUCGCUGCGUCAACGUUGAAGGCUGGCAACCUAACAUGAUUUUGGAUGACGGUGGAGAUCUCACGCACUGGAUCUACAAGAAAUAUCCAAAUAUGUUCAAAAAGAUCAAGGGCAUUGUGGAGGAGAGUGUCACUGGAGUGCACAGGUUGUACCAGCUGUCUAAGGCGGGGAAGUUGUGUGUUCCUGCCAUGAACGUGAACGACUCUGUGACCAAGCAGAAGUUUGACAAUCUUUACUGCUGUAGAGAGUCCAUCCUCGACGGCCUCAAGAGAACCACUGACGUAAUGUUCGGGGGCAAACAGGUGGUGGUUUGUGGAUACGGAGAGGUGGGAAAAGGCUGCUGCGCUGCUCUCAAAGCCAUGGGGUCCAUCGUGUAUGUCACAGAGAUUGACCCAAUCUGUGCCCUACAGGCCUGUAUGGAUGGAUUCCGACUGGUCAAACUCAACGAAGUCAUCAGACAAGUGGACAUUGUUAUUACGUGCACAGGAAACAAGAAUGUGGUGGUGAGGGAGAACCUGGAUCGCAUGAAGAAUGGCUGCAUCGUCUGUAAUAUGGGACACUCCAACACGGAGAUUGAUGUGGCCAGCCUUCGGACCCCUGAGUUGACAUGGGAGAGAGUGCGCUCCCAGGUGGACCAUGUGAUCUGGCCCGACGGCAAGAGGAUUGUCCUGUUGGCAGAGGGUCGACUGUUGAAUCUCAGCUGUUCCACCGUUCCCACAUUUGUGCUCUCCAUCACUGCCACCACUCAGGCACUGGCUCUGAUAGAACUCUACAACGCUCCAGAGGGUCGCUACAAACAGGACGUGUACCUACUGCCUAAGAAGAUGGACGAGUACGUGGCCAGCCUACACCUCCCCACGUUCGACGCACACCUGACGGAGCUGAGCGACGAGCAGGCGAAGUACCUGGGCCUGAACAAGAACGGGCCCUUCAAGCCAAACUACUACAGGUAUUAA